AGCUGGCACUGACGUCCCUCGGAGCCUGGUGGCCGCCAGAGGUAAACAGCCAUGUGCGAUCCUGCACUCUAUAUUUAACAGCGGCCGCGGGGAAGGCAGAGGGGCCGGAGCAGUGGCCGCUCGGGGGGCAGCACUUGCCUCGGGGAGAACGGCCUCGCAGCCCGGCGGGCGCAGGCCCUCAGCGUCAGCGCCACCAUGCCGGCCUCCCAGAGCCGGGCCCGAGCCCGGGACCGCAACAACGUCCUCAACCGGGCCGAGUUCCUGUCCCUGAACCAGCCCCCCAAGGGCGCCCCGGAGCCCCGCAGCUCCGGCAGGAAGGCGUCCGGCCCCUCCGCGCAGCCCCCAGCGCCUGGUGACGGGGCCCGGGAGCGGCGCCAGUCUCAGCAGCUGCCCGAGGAGGACUGCAUGCAGCUGAACCCCUCCUUCAAGGGCAUCGCCUUCAACUCGCUGCUGGCCAUCGACAUCUGCAUGUCCAAGCGGCUGGGGGUGUGCGCCGGCCGCGCGGCGUCCUGGGCCGGCGCCCGCUCCAUGGUCAAGCUCAUCGGCAUCACGGGCCACGGCGUCCCCUGGAUCGGGGGCACCAUCCUCUGCCUGGUGAAGAGCAGCACGCUGGCCGGCCAGGAGGUGCUCAUGAACCUGCUGCUGGCCCUGCUCCUGGACAUCAUGACGGUGGCUGGUGUGCAGAAGCUCAUCAAGCGGCGUGGCCCCUUUGAGACGAGCCCCAGCCUCCUGGACUACCUCACCAUGGACGUCUACGCCUUCCCCGCCGGGCACGCCAGCCGUGCGGCCAUGGUCUCCAAGUUCUUCCUCAGCCACCUGGUGCUGGCGGUGCCCCUGCGCAUCCUGCUGGUGCUCUGGGCCUUCUGCGUGGGCCUGUCGCGCGUGAUGAUCGGGCGCCACCACAUCACGGACGUCAUCUCGGGCUUCGUCAUCGGCUACCUUCAGUUCCGCCUGGUGGAGCUGGUCUGGAUGUCCUCCAACACCUGCCAGAUGCUCAUCUCCGCCUGGUGAGCCUGUGUGUGCGGCUUGCGGCCCGAGAGAGCUGGCAGGGGCAGCGAGGCCGGUGGGGACGGGCGGACUGCGCAGCCUCACCUUCUCUUCCCCCUCCCGGCUGGACGCUGGCAACCUCAGGCGGGCCAAACAGGAGGCUGGCCUGUCUGGGAGCGCCAGGCCCCCCACUCCUUGGCUGGGGCGCUGAGCCUCUCGCCAGGCAGCCCGGGCCCUACGUGGGGACAGCCCUGCUUAGCUUCCGCUCUGGAGGCAGCCGGUGAGAACCAAGACGGCAGGACAGGGACCGCGUCUCGUCCUUGAGUCACCAUGCCUGUCGAGUUCUUGGCCGCGCCCAUCGCGCCGCAGCACAGCGCCCAGCAAAAUGCCCCCGACCCACCACCCACACAGGUGCCAGCCAGGGCCGUCGAUAGCUUAGGGCAGCCCUUUCCACAGGGCACCCCUGGACACCGGCCUGGGGAGGAAAAGGGUUUCGUGGUCAACUAAAUUCGGGGAAUGCUGCAUCCUCUGCCCCCUUGGACACUCACAAGGGUGGGUGUUGCCGUAAAGGCUCUGACAAGUCCUGCAGAGCAGCUUCCGGUCGUUUUCUGCCGGACCUUGUGUCGCCCCAAGUUCCCUGAGCUUAUUUGACCACAGAACGCUUUUCUCGUGGGACAGCUAUUAACCCCUAAGGAACCGCAGUCUCCUCCAGCUCAGUUUGGGAGAAGCUGCCCAGGAGCCGAAGGGCCGGAGGUGUGAGCUGGCCUCUCCCAGCGCUGACCAGUGCCACAGCCUGUGGGAAGCCCAUGGGCAUCGGUGCCACUUUGGCCCCCAGGGGCCGGACUCCGUGUGACCUAAUAGGUCGUUUCCAAGUCAGCCGUUAUGGAGGUGCAUUUCAUGUGACAAUACAGGCGAUAUGCAAGCGGAC